GGCACUUGCUUUCUGGAAUGGAGAAUACCAUCCGCAUGGAUACUUGCUUGAAUCUUUUUCGUGGAUGAACUUGGCACCUUGAUUUUUCUGGAUGAAGCGGACUGUAAUGGUUCCAAAAUAACAGGGCUUGUCAAAAUGAUAGACAGACAGAGAAGAGAGGCGCCUCACUGGGCGAUGCUGUCGUUUGUAUUUUUGUUGUGCUUCUCCCGUGGAGCUUAUUGUCAAAUACGCUAUUCUAUCGCCGAGGAGUCGAAAGAAGGUUCUUAUGUGGGAGAUGUAGCAAAGGAUUUGGGGUUCAGUGUGGAUAUACUGGCGGAGCGAAGGUUUCGGAUUGUAUCUGGCUCUAAGGAAGGUCUUUUGCAGAUAAACCAAGAUAAUGGCGUGUUGUAUGUGAACAGGAACAUCGACAGGGAGGAGCUGUGUGAGAAAAACAUUGUGUGUUUAAUCAACCUAAAAACCGUCGCCGAAAAUCCAAUGGAAAUACAUUAUGUUGAGAUUGAAAUUACGGAUAUAAAUGACCAUUCUCCCAUUUUUCCAGAAAACGAGAAACGCUUAGAGAUAGCAGAGAAUGCUGUGCUCCAAGGAACGCGCUUUCCUCUUGACGCUGCGCGUGACCCUGAUGUUGGAGCAAAUAGUCUCCGUAAGUACACUCUCAGUCAAAACGAUAACUUUGACUUAGAUGUUAAAACUCGCGGUGAGGAUAAAAUUCCUUUUCUGAUUUUGAAAAAGCCGCUAGACAGAGAGCAGAAACCUGAAAUUCGACUGAUUUUGACUGCGUUUGACGGCGGUGAGACCGCAAGAUCUGGCACAGUCAAUAUAACAAUACAUGUGAUUGAUGUCAAUGACAACGCACCAGUCUUUGACAGGCAGGUGUAUACGGUAACUUUAUAUGAAAAUCCUCCAGUAGGUGCCUCAGUCCUAAGAUUACACGCCACGGAUAUAGAUGAUGGCGCCAACGGACAGGUUAUAUACACUUUUGAUAACAGUCUUAAAAACAAAGCGUUCGAUUUAUUCGAGAUAGAUGAUGUUACAGGUGAGAUCACUGUAAAAGGAUUAAUAGAUUUUGAAGAGCAGAGUGUUUAUGAAAUUGACAUUCAGGCCUCUGACAAAGGUCCGGUUACAUUGACUGGUCACUGUAGUGUUGUUAUUAACGUGAAAGAUGUAAAUGACAACGCACCUGAGAUGGACGUGACGUCCCUAUCAAGCCAAGUCCCCGAGGAUGCACGACCCGGUACAGCGGUAGCUCUUAUCAGCGUGUUUGAUAUGGACUCUGGUGAAAACGGCGUAGUUAUAUGUACAAUCUCAGACAACAUCCCUUUCGAAUUAAAACCGUCUUUUCAGAAAAAUAUGUAUUCGUUGAUUACUAAAAGCAGAUUGGACAAAGAGUCAGAGCCUAUGUACACAGUGAGAAUAACUUCUACAGAUAAAGGACUCCCAUCACUGUCUUCCCACAAAACCAUCACAGUCCAUAUUUCAGACGUUAAUGAUAACAGUCCUGUGUUUUCUCAGAGUCAGUAUACUUUUUAUGUACCGGAAAACAAUGCUCCACACGCGUCUGUGUUUUCCAUGAGCGCCUCAGAUAGAGACCAAGAUGAAAACGCUCGUGUGUCUUAUAACAUUUGGAAAAGUGAUGGCGACGCUCCUACUGUAUACUACCUAAAUAUUAAUUCUGAUGAUGGUAACAUUUACGCUCUAAAAAGCUUUGACUUCGAAACCCUCAAAACAUUCCAAUUCCAAGUUGUAGCUACAGACUCUGGAAUUCCGUCACUAAGCAGCAACGUCACAGUGAAUGUGUUCAUUCUGGAUCAGAACGACAACGUUCCAGUGAUCUUGUAUCCAGUCAGCGCUAAUGGUUCCGCUGCAGGUGUGGAGGAGAUUCCCCGCAAUGUGAACGCAGGCCAUUUAGUGACUAAAGUGAGAGCCUAUGACGCUGAUAUAGGAUAUAACGGCUGGUUAUUAUUUUCACUGCAGGAAGUUACUGACCACAGUCUCUUUGCUUUGGACCGCUAUACAGGACAGAUAAGGACACUUCGGUCAUUCACAGAGACAGACGAGGCUGAGCAUAAACUGGUCAUACUGGUAAAAGACAAUGGGAACGUUUCACUCUCAGCAACAGCUACUGUGAUUAUCAACGUUGUGGAGCCCAAAGAGGCUUUUGCAGCUUCUGAUGUUAAAAGCGCAGUAAAAGACGAGGAGGAGAACAGCGUUACAUUUUAUUUGAUCAUAACUUUGAUGUCAGUUUCAGCACUUUUUAUCAUCAGUAUCAUCGUGUUGAUUGUAAUGCAGUGCUCCAAAGCCCCAGUCGAUUCCUCCAAGUAUUUACAAGAUGUGAAUUACGACGGGACACUGUGCCACAGCAUCCAGUACCGAUCCGGAGACAAACGGUACAUGUUAGUUGGACCCAGAAUGAGUAUAGGUUCUACUAUUGUCCCGGGCAGCAAUGGGAAUACUCUAGUGGUACCCGACCACAGGAGGAGAGCUUCUGGAGAGGUGAGGAGAUUAAUACGUUUUUAUACAAGUCACAUAACAUCGUACAUGGUCCUCAUAAACCAUGUAGACUGA